UUAACACUGAAGAGAAUAAGAAAGAGUCUGUGCUAAGGUGUUCCUUUGCUGAUCUCAGUGAUUUCUGCUUGGCUCUAGGAAAAGAUAAAGAUUAUUCAGAUGAAUCAGAACAUGCUAAUUAUGAUCGAUCUCGUCUCAUUAAUGAUAUUGCAACCAAAGAGAAACCUGAAUCCAAGACAAAAUUAUCUAAGAAUGACAUGAAUUACAUAGCAUCCAGUGGGCUUCUAUUUAAAGAUGGCAAAAAGCGAAUUGACUACAUCCUGGUGUACAGAAAGACAAAUAUACAAUAUGACAAAAGAAACACAUUUGAAAAGAACCUCAGAGCAGAGGGUUUGAUGCUGGAGAAGGAGCCAGCUAUUGCAAGCCCUGAUAUCAUGUUCAUUAAAAUUCACAUUCCAUGGGAUACGCUGUGCAAGUAUGCAGAGAGGCUCAACAUCAGGAUGCCCUUCAGGAAAAAAUGCUAUUACACUGAUGAGAGGAGCAAGUCAAAGGGAAGAAUGCAAAAUUAUUUUAAAAGAGUAAAAAACUGGAUGUCUCACAAUCCAAUGGUUCUUGACAAGUCAGCUUUUCCAGAAUUAGAGGAAUCGGACUGCUAUACCGGUCCCUUCAGCAGAGCACGAAUUCACCACUUCAUAAUAAACAAUAAGGAUACCUUCUUCAGCAAUGCUACUCGAAGCAGGAUAGUCUAUCAUAUGUUGGAACGCACCAAAUAUGAAAAUGGGAUAUCAAAAGUGGGUAUCCAAAAACUUAUAACCAAUGGUUCAUACAUAGCAGCAUUUCCUCCUCACGAGGGAGCUUACAAGAGCAAUCUUCCCAUCAAAACCCAUGGUCCUCAAAAUAACAGACAUCUGUUAUAUGAACGCUGGGCCCGCUGGGGAAUGUGGUACAAAUACCAACCUCUUGAUCUGAUCAGGCUGUACUUUGGUGAAAAGAUUGGUCUAUAUUUUGCUUGGCUUGGAUGGUACACUGGAAUGCUCUUCCCUGCAGCAGUUGUAGGCUUAUGUGUUUUCUUCUACGGAUUAAUUACAAUGAAUGAAAGUCAAGUAAGCCAAGAAAUUUGUAAAGCCUCAGAGGUCUUCAUGUGUCCUCUGUGUGACAAGAACUGCUCACUUCAGAGACUCAACGACAGCUGCAUCUAUGCCAAGGUGACGUAUUUGUUUGACAAUGGAGGGACAGUCUUCUUUGCUAUUUUUAUGGCAAUAUGGGCCACAGUCUUCCUAGAAUUUUGGAAAAGGAGAAGAAGUAUACUUACAUAUACUUGGGAUCUCAUGGAAUGGGAAGAAGAAGAGGAAACACUCCGUCCCCAAUUUGAAGCCAAGUAUUACAAAAUGGAGGUCAUUAAUCCCAUCACAGGAAAACCUGAGCCACAUCAGCCCUCCUCAGAUAAAAUCACUCGUCUUCUUGUUUCUGUUUCAGGAAUAUUCUUCAUGAUUUCCUUGGUGAUCACUGCAGUGUUUGCUGUAGUAGUGUAUCGCCUUGUUGUCAUGGAGCAGUUUGCAUCAUUCAAGUGGAAUUUCAUCAAGCAACACUGGCAGUUUGCAACAUCUGCUGCUGCUGUCUGUAUCAACUUUAUAAUCAUCAUGCUGCUGAAUCUUGCAUAUGAAAAAAUUGCUUACCUUCUCACAAAUUUAGAAUAUCCUCGAACUGAAUCUGAAUGGGAAAAUAGCUUUGCUCUGAAGAUGUUCCUUUUCCAGUUUGUCAAUUUAAACAGCUCUAUCUUCUAUAUUGCUUUCUUUUUGGGGAGAUUUGUAGGCCACCCAGGAAAAUAUAAUAAACUUUUCAACCGGUGGAGACUGGAGGAAUGUCAUCCUAGUGGCUGUUUGAUAGACCUUUGCCUGCAGAUGGGUGUGAUUAUGUUUUUGAAACAAAUAUGGAACAACUUCAUGGAACUUGGAUACCCGUUAAUUCAGAACUGGUGGUCACGCCUGAAAAUCAAGCGGGGAAUACAAGACACUUCUAUCCCUCAGUGGGAAAAUGAUUGGAAUCUGCAGCCCAUGAACAUCCAUGGCCUGAUGGAUGAGUAUUUAGAAAUGGUUUUACAGUUUGGUUUCACCACCAUCUUUGUUGCUGCUUUUCCUCUGGCACCUCUUUUGGCUUUGUUAAACAAUAUCAUUGAAAUCCGACUGGAUGCAUACAAAUUUGUCACCCAGUGGCGGAGGCCUUUACCAGCUCGAGCAACUGACAUUGGUAUCUGGCUCGGAAUCCUUGAAGGAAUUGGUAUACUGGCUGUGAUCACCAAUGCAUUUGUGAUUGCCAUUACAUCUGAUUACAUCCCACGUUUUGUCUAUGAAUACAAAUAUGGUCCCUGUGCAAAUCAUGGAGUACGGAAUGAAAACUGCUUAAAGGGAUAUGUCAAUAACAGCCUAUCCUUCUUUGAUCUGAGUGAGCUUGGUAUGGGACAUUCUGGCUAUUGCAGGUAUCGUGACUACAGAGGGCCCCCUUGGAGUUCCAAACCCUAUGAGUUCACCUUGCAAUACUGGCAUAUCCUUGCUGCUCGAUUGGCUUUCAUUAUUGUGUUUGAGCACCUUGUAUUUGGAAUUAAAUCAUUCAUCGCAUACCUGAUUCCAGAUGUGCCAAAGGGCCUCCGUGAACGAAUACGACGAGAGAAAUACUUAGUCCAAGAGAUGAUGUAUGAGGCUGAACUGGAACACUUACAACAAGAACGGAGAAAAAGUGGUCAGCCUGUUCACCAUGAAUGGCCUUAGUUGAUAUCUGUUACCCAGUAGAGGUGUUACCAUGACUGUGAAGGAAUGAUGAUGACUUCAAAUUCUAAAUGCAGUCUAGUGGAAAGGCAUACCUGGCAAAACAUAUUGU